AUGUUCAGAUCCGUGUCAAGGACUAUCAAACCUGUUAACUGGUUUAAUGCUACCAGGUUAUAUUCAAUAGCGAAUAGCAAUACCGCCACUACCACUGCCUCAGCAUUGUCAACAUUAAAGUUGUCAUCAAAUGGUUCUAGAGACUUGUAUGCUAUUUUCAGAUUACACAAUUUGCCAUAUUUAGUAACUAAAGGUGAUAAAGUCUAUUUACCAUACAAACUAAAAAAUGCAUCUGUUGGUGACGUGUUAAAUUUAAACGAUGUGGUCACUUUAGGAUCUCCACAGUACACAUUGAACAUGAAAGAAGGCAUAUCAUCAGAGUUAUUUGAUUUGAAAGCUAGUGUUGUUGAAAUCACCAAGGAACCAAGAUAUCAGGUUGUCAGAAAGAAACAAAGAUGCAGAACGACAAAAACUAGCCAAGUGGAGCCUUUUCAGACUGUUUUAAUGAUCAAUGAAUUGAAAUUAAAAUAA